AUUGGGACUAUAUAAUGAUCAUUUUAUUAGAUUUUUAUCCCGAAUUUUUUUUCGUUAUGGGAGUUUGUAAAAUAAAAUAACUUUUCACGAUAUCUUUCUUUGUAUCAGUAUAGACUCUAGUAAUUCUAUUCUUCGAUCAACAUGUGCAAGUCAUGUGAAUCUCUUUCGACGAUCAACUAGUCUUUAUCAUGUUUGAUUUCCCAACGAAACACUGACUAAACGUUAAUAGUAAUUGUCACGAUGGCCAACAUUGUCACAGGGUUCAGCAAAUUUAGAAAUCUAUUGCACUAAUUGUACUACCACAGCAAUGGAUAAAUUUUUAAAGUUGCAUGACAUUAGUAUUUGGAUAACUAUCCACCGUCACUUUCUUAAUUCCCUCCAAAACAUUUAAAAAAAAUGCUCACAUUAAGUGAAGCCAAGAAGUUAGCGGCAUAUAAAGCAGUAGAUGAAAAUAUUACUAGUGAAAAAAAAAUCAUUGGGAUAGGUUCAGGAAGUACUGUAGUAUAUGUAAUAGAAAGAAUAAUACAACUCAAAGAUUCGUUAAAUAAAGAAAAUAUUUAUAUACCUACUAGUUUUCAAAGUAGAUUAUUAAUUACCGAAGGUGGAUUAAAUUUGGGUGAUAUUGAUACGUAUCCAGAACUUGACGUGACAAUUGAUGGAGCUGAUGAGGUCGAUGAAAAUUUGAAUGCGAUCAAAGGAGGAGGAGCAUGUCAUCUUCGAGAGAAGUUAGUUGCAGAAGCGGCAAAGAAAUUUAUAAUUGUAGCAGAUUAUUCUAAGCGUUCAACUACGCUCGGUGAAAAAUGGAAACAAGGAGUACCAAUUGAAGUUAUUCCAUUUGCAUAUCUACGAGUAAUGAACUCGUUAAAAGUAUUAGGAUGUGAAAAUCCUAUUCUACGUAUGGCAAAAGCAAAAGCAGGACCCGUUAUAAGUGAUAAUGGUAAUUUUGUUAUUGAUGCAUACUUUGGAUUAAUUAAACAACCAAAAGAAUUAUUAGAAAAAAUUAAAUUAUUAACUGGUGUGGUCGAAGUUGGAUUAUUUGUUAAUAUGGCAAAAUGUGCAUAUUUUGGUAAUGAAGAUGGAAGUAUUAGUAUUACUUAAGAGAAAGAAAAAUUAUAUUAAAA